UGGGCUUGCGAUGGGAGGGAUCAGAGUGCCCCACACCGCUCUCCGUUCACUCACUCACAAGGUUAUUAGAGCCGCUCAGCAGCCUAAACCUCAGAAGCCGCUGCCUCGUCCCCCUCCCUCCCUUUGUGCCCUCAUUGUCAGACAAAAAGCUGGAGUAUUCGCCCUACCCCACCAGGUCUGAGCAGACGCCUCAUCUCAGCGCUUGUCUGUUUCAUCCAUAAAGACAGCUCUUCAAGGUUGGUGACCUAUCCCCUCCCCGGUGUCCCAGCAGGCAGCAGGCAUGGCAGACGGUCGGCAGCCAGACGAGCACUGGUCCUCAAAUGGCCAAGAGAACGGCGAGAAUGGCUACUCCGCCUACAGCUCUGCCUACAGGGAGAACGGAUACCACGGCGGGGCAGCUGCGCAUCCUGGAACGACAGUGGAUGACUCAGCCAAUUUGCCUCCCUCCCCUCCCCCCUCUCCAUCCGCUGAGCAGAUUGGGCCCGUGGCACAAGCCCAGCCGGAAGAAUGUAUCAGUAAGGCGACGUGUGAGUCUGCUAUAAAAGAAGUUGAACCUCAAGUGGCGUCGCUACAACAGAAGGAAGUUGAAAGAGCAACACCUGAAGGUGCAGAGCUCACCUCAAAUGAACCUCAUCCUCCUCCCUCUGUUAAAGAGAAAGAACUCUCUGAGACCUCAAUUCAGCAAGGUGGACAAGACAGAAAGGAGGUAGUAGAAGGGACUGCUGAGAGCGACCUGCUAGUAGAGUCCAAAGAAAAAGAAGCAAAACAACCUUUACUGACAGAAGAGACAGAGAAGUUAUCAGAUAUUAAGGAGGAAGACAUAGAAGGAAAUAUCAUACCAAGCAAAUCAGAAGCCCCUAUGGAUGAAAGCAAGGAAAGAUCUACAGCAGUUGAGGUAAUAAAUAAGGAGGACCAAGACAGUGGCUGUGACAUUAGAUUGCAUGAGACACUUCAAAAAGAGGACGAAACGCAAGAAACUGUCAAGUCAAGUCCAGAACCUGGUGCAGAGUUGAAAGCCACGUCAGUUAUUUUUGUAGAAUCAGGAGCAAAAACCUACUUUGAGACGUCAUCAAAAAGCCACGAAGAGGAAACAUCACAAACCCAGAGCUAUUAUGAACUCAGCACAGCAGCAGAGACAAAGUUAUGUGGGGAAACUGAAAGCGUUACGCAAAAGCUCGAGGAACAAGAGGAGACAAAAGCUGGAACGUCUCCUGGUAAUAUUUCAGUGGAACAAAACAAUGGGUCUUCUGCAGGACAGACAGUGACUGAAAAGAAGUCAGAAAAGUUAGGUCCUGUUAGUGGAAGCCUUGAUAAAUCUGAGGUUUCCUCUUCAACACCAUCUGUGGAGAGCCAAGACCAGGUUCCUCCAGCUGUCUCAAUUACCCCAACUACCACUGAAUCAACUGAAGAUGUUUCCACCCAGGAAGAAUCUGUUUCAUCUUCUCAUAAGCACAAUUCGAGAUUUGAACAUUCAGGUAGCCUCUCUGAGAUGUUGGACCUGGCAGGAGACCUGCCUCGGCCAUCAUUAGAGAGGAGGGAGCUUGAUCACAUGAGACGAAAGUCUGUGCCCUCCAAUGUAUCUGCUCUGGUGGGGAGUUCUUUGGCCAAGCUUGCCUUGGGAGAUCAGACCCCGAGAGUUGUGGGAGGGGAAAGCCAGCUGGAGGAACUGGGCUACUGUGUCUUCAGUGAGUACUCAGGGCCCAUGCCUUCUCCUGCUGAUGUACCCAGUCCUGGGGACUCUCCACACCAGCGUUUUCCUUCUAUGGAGAGUGAAGUUGAAGAAGAGCUUGGGCCAACAGAAGUUGAAGGUGUUGAAGGAAUGCAACAACAACAAGAUCCUAAAGGAAUUACCCCUGAGAUCUCUCAAAAAGCAGUGUUUGAAAAGAAAGACGUACCAGUAAAGACAACCCUGAUUCUCGAAAAAGCGGUGACAAGUGGAGUUAAACCUGAUCGCCUAAGAAUCCCAAUGACUUCUUCAAAAGACAGACUGACUGAGUUUCGUUUGGAGAGUGGCCUGCCUGGUGACAUAAAGAUCCAAGCGAUCCCUGAGGUAGACGUUGAAAAAGACCCCUCCAGAGAGGCUUCUCCCAUCCCACCAGACAAUUCCUUUACUUUCACUCUUACGGAGACAGGAAGUAAGGUUCCCCCAACUCCCACCACCCCCAUAUCUGCAGCAGAUAUACCCUCAGAAACCCAAGUCAAUGAAGAGAAGGCUGGGAAAGAUGUCUUACCAGAGGUUAAAGCAGGGGACGAUCCAGAGACUGAGAGGAUUGACACUAAACAGAUACAGUUAGUAGAGGAAGUGCAGAAAUCUGAGCAGGAAGAAUCAGUAGAAAGACACGAUGAACUUGAAAUGGCGUCAUCUCAGUCUUUAGAGAGCAUGGAAAAAGAUGAAAAGAAGAUUCAAAGUGAACAUGGGACACCUGCAAGAUUAGAAACAAUAGAAAAGCAAGAGACCUCAAAAGAUGUUGAGGUUAAAACCAUUAAAAAGCUCUCAGAUGAGAAAAAUCCCCAAAUCCAUUUACAGGAGGUGACUCUGGAUAAAUGCUCACCAAAGCCACGCAUAUCCUCCCCAGUCAUCAUUAUACCUCAAGCACAAGUAGAGGAAGAAGCAGAUGAUGAGGAUGAUAUUGAGAUUGCUGAAGAGCCUCAAGAGAUCAUGGAGGAAGCUAAAGUGCCUGCAAAGGAAGAGCAAAAGAAAGUCGAGGUGAGGCUGACAGUAGAUGAUCAGAUUGUGGACGAAGAUCCCAGGUCCGGAGCAGAAGAAUGGAGUCAUAGUGCCCAAAAUAGUGAUGAUGGGGAGCCUGCCACGGACAGUUCACACUUAUCUCCAUGUUCUGACCAAGAUCAACUUAUUGAAGGUGGCAGAGACGAAGGCAUGGGAGAGGAUAACAUUGCAAAAGACACACAAAAAAGUAGGGAUGAAAGCAAGAAAGAGGAGUGUGAGGCAGUAAAGGAAGAGAAAACAGGGGAGCAGGGAGUGGAGGAAGUUGGUUCAGAUGGUGUAGGAGCAGAGAGAGACCAAAAAAGGAUGGGAGCAGUGGAUGAGGGGAAGGAGAGGAUGGGUGAAAAACAGGAGGAGAAAGACCUCUCGAUUGGUCAGGAGGAGGAAACCUCAGAUGUGCUCUGCCAGCAGGCAGCUCACGAUGAAACCACCAUGGACAUCUCCAUCCUAGAUUCAGACAGUGGCUGGAUGGACUCACAAGAUGAUGACAAAAGUAUCAUGACUCAGCAAAUUGAAGCCCUUCCUCAGACCCAGAGUCUCACCAGUACACCUGUGGUGGACAGACCCGCUAAACGGGCCCCUGGCAGAGGAAGGGGCCGUCCUGGCACCACUGAGAGUAAAGUGUACCGUAAAGUAACCAGCCACCAUCCGCCAAGAGAGGAGAUGAAGAAGAAAAAAGUAGGCAUGAGGAGGGCUGACCAGAAUAAGGUGUCAGCCCUCCAAACUCGUUCUCCAUCUCGAAAGAGUGUAGCCAAAGUGGCGGCCAGACAUCCUAGGCCUGCUCUGCUUCACAGCUCUGCUAGACGCAAGGCCACAGGUAUGGAAAGCCAUCAGCCCCUCAGUGUGGCCCAUCAGUCCAGGGAGAGGACCACUGAGAGAGCAUACCGCAGCCCAGAGAAGAGGUCGUCCCUGCCCAGGCCUGCCAAAUCUCUGACACGCCACAUCCCUGCUGCUGAACAAGAGGACAAUAGCACCCCCUCCAGGCCAACCUCAUUCCAGUCUAGAGCGGACAACAGGUCUGGAAGAGCCCCUGGUAUGGCAGGCACAGACUCCGCACGUUCCCGAUCAGUCCGCAGCGGUGCGUCCACCCCCGGAUCCUCCGCUGUCACACCUGGCACGCCCCCCAGCUACUCCUGCCGCACUCCUGGCUCGCGCACCCCCGGCAGCCACACACCCAAAUCCUUCAGCGCCUUCCAGGAGAAGAAGGUGGCUGUGAUCCGAACCCCGCCCAAGUCUCCUUCAUCUGCCCAACGGCAGCUGAAGGUUGUCAAUCAGCCCCUGCCUGACCUGAAGAAUGUAAAGUCCAAGAUCGGGUCCACCUCCAACCUGAAGCACCAGCCAAAAGGCGGACAGGUCAUGAUUCCAAGUGUUAAACUGGACUUUAGCCACGUUCAGGCUAAAUGUGGCUCCCUGGACAAAAUCCAGUACACUGCAGGCGGAGGAAACGUCCAGAUCCAGACCAAGAAGAUCGACCUGAGUCACGUCACUGCCAAAUGUGGCUCCAUGUCCAACAUCCGCCACAGACCAGGGGGAGGUCAAGUACGUAUCGAAAAUGUGAAGCUGGACUUUAAAGACAAGGCCCAGGCCAAGGUCGGCUCCUUGGGCAACACCAGCCACACUCCUGGAGGGGGGAACGUCAUGAUCGAGAGCCAUAAGCUGAGCUUCCGGGAAACCGCCAAAGCUCGGGUGGAUCACGGUGCAGAAAUCGUCAUCACCCACUCCCCUGGCAUCGAGACGGGAGGCACUUCCCCUCGCCUGUCCUCUGCCGGCAGCAUCAACCUCCUGGAGUCGCCUCAGCUCUCCACGCUGGCCCAGGAUGUCACCGCCGCCCUUGCUAAGCAGGGUUUAUGAGCGGGCUGCCUCUGCUUCGGAUACAAAAAUCCACCACUCCUCCUCUUCCCAUCAUUCACUCAUCCAGUGUUCUCCUUUGCUGCAACAUGACCCCCAAACACACUUAACCCCCCACACAGGUUGUAGUUGACUGUCUCAUCCGUCAACAACCCCUCCAGCCCUUCCAGCGGGAUUUUAAAAACUGAAUUCAAAGAUUAUUCUUCACUCCUGCCCUGUCACUCUUUGUUUUUCAUUCAUCUUCACUCACUUGAAUGUGGACUUUUUUAUUUGUUUUAAGAUUGGCUGAAUGCUAAAGCUUUGAGAGGGCGUGUUUGUCUAAGAAAGCGUUGAUGGUUUUACAAUUGUACAAGCAUCACAUUCCACUUGUAUGGGGAUAAAAGGCUCAUGCAUAACGUCCAUUCAGAAUUUAUACGGUACUGAAUGCAAGAUAUAACUACUAGAUACUGUACUAGAUGCUAAAGAUACAACUGUGUGAGAGACUUAACUGUACCUGCAAAAGAAUGGCUGAUGAGCAUGUCUGCUAAAACGUGACUUUCAAAGUCAAAUGACAUGAUUUUAUUUUGUUUGUUUGUUUGUUGGAUUUAAUCUUAUGAUUUUCUGAUAUGUGCUGAAUUGUUGGAUAAAUUGUUUUCUUUUUAUAUAUAUAUAUCUAUAUAUAUGUCACUGUAGUGGAAGUUGUUCCAGUUUUGUAUGUUCCCCCUGUGGCUGUGCUGGCUUAUUAGCGAUAACCAUUGCAGUUGUGCUAAAAAAAGCUAGCUUUCCAAUAGUUUUGCUUUUCUUUCUUGCAAACUCGCUGCUCUUUUUUGUUUGGUUAUUACAUUAGCUCUGUGGUUUUUAUUAGGCUGCGACGAUGCUGUUAUGCUGGCAUGGCAAAUAAAUGAUUAACAAAUUAGAUUUACCUGGAGGAAACCUUUCAGUGUGAGUGUAAACGGCCAGGGUCAAGGCCCCUGUGUGCUUCAAAGUGUAUCUGGUUGGGGAAAGUGUGAAGCUUUAUAUAAAAACAUUCCAUUGAAAGAGCAGCUACUUGGCCCUUUUUUGUGCGAUUGAACCUGUAACUUCACAGGAAACAAAAGCCGAAACGACGAAGAAGAAAUGAAGCAUAACCCUCAACUUGCAGCUGUUAGACCUCAUAAAGAAAAAGAAUAAAAAUCGGUUCUAGCAUAUUCUCUGCUCACCAUUGUGAAAGUCCUCUGGCCCUCCUCUCUUACCCCCCUCUAAUGUCAGUGUUUUUCUGUGCUUCCCUCUUUCUCCUCCUCUUUGCCUGUGUAUGUGUAUUUAAAAAAACAGACCAUGUAGAUGUGUGCACACUUUUCCGAUGUUUGAGACUUACUGAUGACAAAUGCUCCUACAGGAUGACAAGAAAUAAAGAAAAUUAAAAAAAAAAAACGG